UAUAAAAUGAUCGUUGGAGAAUUAAUCAAUGCCUAUGUUACCGCCGCCGCUCAGUUCAGAGUAACUGCUCGGAACGUUACUUUAGAGUCUAAAUGCGCUGACUCAGGAGUCAAAGUUAAACUCUUUGUUUCUCACCCUGCUUUGAUGUUUUAUUUUUUUCGCUAUUGCGAUGUAAACAGCAAGCAUUACUUUACUGGAUCGCUCAAUAUUUCAGCUUUCACGUUUGAUGAUUCAAACAGGGCCUUCAGCAAUGUCCGCCUUAAUAUAAAUAACGUAAAACCAUUGCCGAUGGUUGAUGAUGAAGGAAAUAUUCUUCCCAUAAAAGCCAAGAAAAUGAAAAUUCAUGAUUUUUCCGACAAGCCCGCAAAUCUCACGUAUGCGGUAUAUCGUUAUGUCUGGGAGAACAUCAAUGACCCUACAAUUGUUGUUGGUAAGUCCGACAAGACAGCAGAGAGAAAUGUGGAGGCGUUUGCUGUGUCAUUCCAUGACAUGCAUGAGCAUUUGGGUACUCGAAAGGGUAUUAUUCCUCAAAACUGCAACCCAGUUUCGAUCAACGAGGCGAUCAGUCGUCCAAGAACGAAUGCUACUGGUAGGCCUGUUCCCCGUACCAUGAGUACGGUUUACUCUUACAACACCAAUGUGAGAAAAACCAUGUGGGACGCUCCUUGCUUGAGCUUAGAGAACCUUAUGAAUGAAAAGUUACCUUUCUCGCCAAACAUUUUCAUCAAAACAAGUACCGCAGCCAUGGAAACCUAAUUCCGG